CAUACCAGCACACAAGGUGUCGGCUGCUGCGCUGUGGGUGGAAAAUACGGAGCUGCACUUUCAGACGCUUCAUGAAACGAGACACUAACUGGAGUCUAUUUUGGGAACAUUUUGAGUUGCCUGAUGCGGAUGUUCAGGCCUCUCCGUCUGGGAACCCGUGGGGAACACUUCAUUCGUUCCAGAGCAACGCCACGGAGGAGACACAGAGACUGGAGCAGAUGUUCGGUGAAGCUCUCCGCCAGGUUGUUGAAGUUGUGCAGACCGUUGAGGGCCCAGCGUGUCCAACUUACUCGGCUCUCGGACAGGCAUCCCCCCAGGAAGAAGGUAGCGCCAGCCAGUCUGCCACGGAGAGACAACACAGUCAUUACAUGUACCUGGAUUACCUCCAUUUCUGUAUUCGUAAGAGUUCCUACAAGGAAAUGAAAGGGGGAAAGGAGACCGUGCAGACUCCCAGCUGUUUCUCACCAUAUCAACGUUGUUCUCGUUCAUCGUGGUGCGAGCGCCGAGGAGAAAGGAGAACACGGGUUUGUGCUUGUCAAACAAGCUGCGGCACACAUCGCUGUGCAGGCCGAAGAUGUGCUGGUAUCGUUUUCCUGCUGGUUGACAUCAUCAGAGCUGGAGAUGGGCCUCCAAGCAGAGCCAGGAACAGAGCCAGGAACUCCAGUCCAUCCUGCAAGCACCAGCAGAGGGCAGUAGCACAACACGGGACACCGCAUAACAAUGACACAAAACACAAGUGUGUUAGUGGUUCCCCCAAAAUAAGUUUAACCUGACUGGGUGUAAACUGGUCCUCAGAAAGGAAGAAAAAACAGAUAGUGUGUGUAUAUUGACAUCACAAAUAGCUAAAUAGCUAACAAGACCCCAGGAAGGGGAUCCUAGUCAGGUCACGGGACUCUACUUUGUCUGAUUGAUUAUUGUAAAGUGAUAUCUCAGUUUAUGUCCACACUUUUUUUUCUUUUCAGUGCUGUACAACCUUCAAUCUGCGUGAUAAAAAUGUGGUCAUCCAGCCACUGCCAAUUUGUAACGCCCUUCUCAAGUGUAACGCCCUUCUCAAGUGCUCUUAGUGUGGAAAAUAAAAGGGUUGUGCACGCAGGGAAUUAAAAAUAAGCUUCCCAAGUGCUGU